AUGGCUGCAGCUCCCUGUUUGUCUGUGAUUUGUUUGCAUGUGCUGCAUGAACUUUGGGUCGUCUUCAGUCUCGAGGCAGACGAUAUGGGACGGGAUCCGAAUUGCUUCUGCCCUCAGAGCUUGGCGCGAUUUGUCUGGGACAAAAAACUCUUCAGAUGCCUCACUCGCGAACUAACCGACAAUAGAAUGCACCUCAUGCUCGUCGGUGUGAUGGUCUUGUUGAUGAUCUCUUCGGCUCUGGCCGGGCCGCGGCAUUCGAGUCCGGAACAGGCUGGCUGA